AUGGAACAGGUUGCGGGAGAGCUCUCAAGGAGAGGCGAGGCCUUCCUUGCCUUGUUCAGCGAUGCUGAGGAGCGCGAGGCGCAGGCAGCCGUGGGCGCCGGCCCCAGCGCGUACAGCGAUCACCAGCAGGGCGGGGCGUUGGAUGCCGAUGCGCAAGACUGCGACGAGCAGGGCAUGAAAGAGGUGAAAAAGGUGCCCAGACGGGCUGAAAAACACCGAGGAGGAAAGAAAUCCAAAGCAAAGACUGCAUCUUCAACAGAGCAACUGCCGUGGCAAGGGGGCCUAGAGAGCAGUGAAAAACUGGACCGGGCCAGUGCAUUGGCUGCUGAGAGGAGGAACUUCAUGUCAGGAAAAACAGAAAAAAUUCAUUCUUCAACGCCAGCGCCCGAGGUGAACGAGCCCAGGAAGGGACAAAUAGAGCUCCCUGAGGCAGUGUCUUUGAAGCAGCAAAUAGAGAAGCUGGAGUAUGAGGUGUACACUUAUGGUGCAAAGAGCUUGACGAAAAAGGAGCGAAAACGGUUCAAAGAAGAGCAGUGGACGAAGUUGGGCGGAAAGCCCAAAAAACGGGAGAAGAUUCCAGUGAAGGCUGGAAUAAAUCUGUUGAGAAAGCGUGAGAACGAAAGGAGGGAGAAAUUAGCCCAGGGUGUUCCAUUGAGCGGUGUGGAUCGAAGGAAACCCAAGAAAAGGAGAACCCGAUGA